UUCGCCGUGCUCGAGUGCCCCAACAUCAAGCUGAAGCGGCCGAGCUGGGUGCACAUGCCCUCGGCUAUGACCGUUUACGCGCUGGUGGUGGUGUCCUACUUCCUCAUCACCGGAGGGAUUAUCUAUGACGUGAUUGUGGAGCCUCCCAGCGUGGGGUCGAUGACAGAUGAGCACGGGCAUCAGAGGCCGGUGGCGUUCUUGGCAUACAGAGUAAAUGGGCAAUAUAUUAUGGAAGGGCUCGCGUCCAGCUUCCUCUUCACAAUGGGUGGCCUAGGAUUCAUAAUUCUGGAUCGAUCCAAUGCACCAAAUAUCCCCAAGCUGAAUAGGUUUCUUCUGCUCUUUAUUGGAUUUGUCAGUGUGCUUUUGAGCUUCUUCAUGGCCAGAGUUUUCAUGAGGAUGAAAUUACCGGGCUACUUGAUGGGUUAGUGCCUCUUGUGAUGUAUGAAAGCCUGAGCUGAAUUUACUCCUCUUCACGAAGUGUUUAAGAAGAAGCAGCAAGAAACAAAUUCCAUAGUCACCAUCAACAGGAAAGAGACCUAGCCAUGAGAAACAACUAGGGAAAGGGUGCUUUCUCUGCAAACAAACUCUCACUACCAAUGGCUGAUCUGUAGUUUUGAAGCAAAUGUUUUACCAUUUCUGUUUUAGAGCUUUGAAAAGAGUUGCCUAGCUGGGUUUUUCUCUAUUUCGUACUGAGUUGGGAUAUAAGAGAACCUAUCUUUAGCUCUACCUGAAAUGAGUAUUAGCCAUUGGCUUGACAGUUCUUUGUUGCAGGUCUGUCUCUUCCUUAUGUGGGACAAUUAUCUGUGUGAAUCAGAGAAGAAACACCCGAAAUGUUUCUUUCCAAGUUAUAAUUAGAAAAUUAGUAACUGGAUGCUUUACGGUCAAAAUAGAAUGUGUCUGAAAUUAUUUCAAAGGCAACUUUUGCCUUGAUAUUAACGGUUCUAUGUGAGCAAAUCCAGACAUGCACUGGGAAAGGCAAACUGUAUGAAUGUGCAUUUCUUUUUGAAAAGGUGUACGAAAGGAGCCAAAUAAAACUUAUUUUCUACAAAAUUAUUUUA